CAUAUCAUUAAACAUUCCAUUGCCCCCUUCAUAUACCUUCAUUUUCCCUGUAUACACACAGUAAUACAAGUAUGGGCUACAACCCCAUUUUCAAAUCCCAAUGGCAACCAUUCAUCAUUCUUCUAGUCUCCACCACCACCACCUCUUCCACCCCAUUCCCACAACCGCUUCCUUCUCCGCCGCGAUCAGCACCGCAUAACUACGCACUCAAACCAAGCAUGACCAUCAUCAUUGGAGCUCUAACCACCGUCUUCUCCAUCACAUUUCUUCUCCUACUCUACGCCAAACACUGUCGCCGGUCGAACAACCGGUACCCGCCGUCAGAACUGACGGCGGUCCGGUUCUCUGACCGGGACAAUUCCGGGAUCGACCGAACUAUAAUCGAGUCGCUCCCGGUCCUCCGGUUCGGGUCAUUAACCGGACAAAAAGACGGUCUAGAGUGUGCGGUUUGCUUAUCCGUAUUCAACCAGUCUGAAGUGCUUCGAUUGCUGCCUAAAUGCAAACACGCUUUUCAUGUAGAGUGUGUUGAUACAUGGCUUGAUGCUCAUUCCACAUGCCCCCUUUGUCGCUACCGGGUCGACCCGGAGGACAUUUUUUUAAUCCUUGAAGAAAAUAAGAAUCAAAGUGAAUUGGAUAAAAAAGUAGAGGCACAAGAAGUACAAGAUGAAAGAGAAUUACCUGUCAGACGUGUCUCCGGCAGACAUUCGUCUGCCGGAGAACAAGGAAGUAACAGACAAGUUUUUGUAGUGACCUCGUCACCUGUACACGUGCAGACUACUACUACUACUGCACAGGUGACGACGUCAGUAGUGCCUGUAAGCAGCAGGCGGUCUUUAGACAGUUGGAACAACAAUAAAAGUUCCAACUGUCUAAAGAAAACGAAGAAAACAAAGAAGAAAGAUGCGACACCGUCCGUUAAGACGGUGUCGGGAACCCGGAAAGACGGGUUGUUGUUGGCGGACACAGAGGCGGAAGCGGAGGAGGAGGAGCGGCGGAGGAGGUAUGAGAAGCGGUUCGAGCAUAGGAUCGUAGUGGGGACAAGUGGGGCGGAGAGGUGGAGCGACGUACAGCCGUCGGAUCUGUUGUAUCUGCGAUCAGAAAUGAUACUAAGUGACGUCCGUAGAUUGAAAAGAUCGAGACCGUCAGUUUUGCAUGAAGGGAAUAAUGGUUGGUGGCAGAGUGGCAGAGGUGUAAUAAAUUCGAGAAGUGUGUCGGAGAUGACAGGUUUGAGUAGGUUUGGGAGUAGUGGGGAGGCUGGGGUGGUGUCCAGGUUGUUGGCUCGGUUAUCCGAACCUAGAUCCGGACGUAAUUCUUCUUCUUCCAAUGUAUAGUUACACACUUUUGGUUUACUACCCCCACCUCGAAUUUAUUGUUAGGACAAAACAUUUAAUUUAUUUCAUCCGUACUCUUUAUAUAGUUAUAUGAUUUAUAUUUAUUUUGUGAAAA